CAGCACCACCUGCACCAGCCGCUUCCUCACCAGCAGCACCAGCAGCAUCAACAUCAGCUUCACCAGCAUCAGCAUCAGCAUCAGCAUCAGCAUCAGCUUCAGCAGCAUCAGCUCCAACAGCACCAGCACCAGCACAUGCUGCAGCAUCAACACCAACACCAGCUCCAUCAUCACCUGCAGCAUCAACUGCUCCAACUGCCGAACCAGCUGGACGGCUCCGCGGAGCAGGGUUUAAUGGGCGAUGCACAUGCGCUGGGACACCCGCCGGGCAGGGACGAGGCCAGGCCGCUCUCCCCGCCCACCGGCGAAUCGCUGUAUCUGCCUGCCGGCCUGCCGGCCCUGUUGCCGCCCAGCGGCAUGCUCAUGUCGCCCGGGCAACAGGACCAUUCCUGCUCCUCACCUUCAGGACUCGAGCCUCACUUGCCUCCUGCGCCUCCGCCUGCUCCGCCGCCGCCGCCUCCUCCACCACCCCCACCUUCGAUGACACAUACUCUUGCUCCGCCCCACCUUCUGCAGGCCCUACAGCCAACAGGGACCCUCAUUCAGCCUCCCUCUUCUGGGCCCAACUGUCUGUCUGCCUGUCCUUCCCCGAGUGCGUUGAUCGCUCACCAGUUGCCAUUGCCGCCACCACCAUCGCAACAGCAACAGCAACAGCAACAGCCACCCCACCACCUCGGCGCCCUUCACCAUCUGGUGGGACCUGGUUUGAUCUCGAUGACUAGAACGUCGAACAGCCAACUUUCACAUCCACAACACAUCCUCCAACACCAGCACCAGAAUCAAAACCAUCAACAGCCGCCACACCAUCACCAGUUGGCGCUAAACCCUUCGGCCUUUUUGGCCAGCAACACCGGCGCCAGCAGCGGUACCAGCAGCGGAGCCAGUGACAUCACUUCUCACAUCCACACACAAGACGACUAUGGCCUCGACACGGACACACUAAAUGGGGAUCUGAUUCGAGUUCGGUCAACAGGAAUAGGGUCUUUCGUCACAACCGCUCUGAUCGCAACCUGGCCAGGCCGAUUCGGCGUCGCAAGCCUCCCUCGCGAUCAGAAAGCGCCGGCUGAAGACGAUCAAGUCUGCCGCAAGGUCUGUCUUGCGACACACACACAUACGAAGAAAAGUCAUGCUUCCGGCCGACCUGAGGCAGACGGUCUGGUGCUAAUCUUGAUUGUUGAUCUGCAUGAUCUCGUUCUCUUGUCCCGCAUCAAUCGUGUUAAGCGAUCAGUCUGUUUUUUAAGCCCCCCCUCCUCCGUUGAACCGAACCCAAACUGGUCAGCAUUUCUGCCCAAUUCGACUGUAUCUGCGUUUCGCAGAAGCCCACAAGCUAAUUCUGUUCUAGCGCCGAGGCCGAAAUGGACCCUACCAAACGGAAGGGGUGGUGGUUGUGGAGAUGGGAUGAAAAAGAGGUCGGUGGACAGGGCAGCCCAAUCGAGCUUGUGCUCGGAUCUGGGCUUUUUUAUCGUCAAAGUCGGCCGUCAAGCCUGGCUACCGGACCAUGAUCUCGUGGGACAUCUCCCGAACUGGUAG